AUGUGGCUGAGCACUCCUGCUGUCGCAUUUUCCGAUUACAUUCGACACAACGGUAAAUCAACAGGUGAUGAAGUAGUAGGAAUUCAAGUCGUCGAUCCGAACAAUCAUUUGGUUAAAGGAUUUUUACAAGCAUCAAAACAAGCUGAGCCUCAAUGGUGGCUUGAAAGUGGUUCACAUCCAAUAGAAAUUGUUGACAAGCAGAAAGUUCGUGUUUUGAUUCGUUCGAAGAUUCUCGGUCAAAAAUAUCAGUCGGAUGCGGUUCUGGUUACAUUUGAUUGCGGCAAAGGUAAUGUUAUUCAUAUGAUCUCACACUUCUAUUUGCAAAGAACCGAAACGCGUGACGCUCGACAUCAAAUGUCGGCCGAACAAUAUGCAACCGACGUCAGUGCUUCUGAUGCCAUCAAAAACUUGACAAGAAACGCGUCGAAUCUGAACUAUGCACAAGUACAGUCAUCUGCGACGUCAUCUCAAUUCAUCUAUAAUCAAAUUGCUGAAAGAUUAACAAAAUAUAAUCAAUAA